GGGCCGGGACGGCCGCGGGCGCAGGGCAGCACCUCCGGCUUAGGGAGUCCCGCGGCGGGGCGGGCAGGGCUCUCGGUCUCCCGGCGCCCCAAGGAACGCGGCGGGCGGCCGCCCCGAGCCCUUCCACAGCCCCGGCGGAGGCGGAGCACCUGCUGCGGCGCCCGCGCCCGACGGGCGGCGAGUGCCGCGGGUGGGUGGCCACGGCUCGCCCCGCGCAGCCCGGCCCAGCAGCUCCCCCGUCGCGGCGCGCCCGCUCCCCGCCCCGCCGCGGCGCUCCCCCGGCUUUCUUCUCCUCCCCUCCCGCCGCCGCUCCCGAGCGGUCCCGCGAAGCGGCGCGGAGCCCCCGGCGGCAUGGCGGGGCGGGCGGGCGCGCUGUGGCUGUGCGCGGCGGCGGUGCUGGGCGCGGCGGCGGAGCUGCGCCUGACCCUGCUGCACACCAACGACGUCCACGGGCGGGUGGAGGAGAUGCAGGGCGCGGGGCCGCGGAGCUGCGCGGGCGCGGAGGGGGCGGCGGGAUGUUUCGGCGGCGUGGCCCGGCGGGCGGCGCGGGUGGCGGCGGAGCGGGCCGCGCACCGCAACGUGCUGCUGCUGGACGCCGGGGACCAGUACCAGGGCACGGUGUGGUUCUCCCACUUCAAGGGCAGAGAGGCGGUCAACUUCAUGAACCUCCUGCGCUACGAUGCCAUGGCUUUGGGGAACCAUGAGUUUGAUGAAGGUGUGAGCGGAUUAUUGGAUCCUCUCCUUAAAAAUGCUAGUUUUACUAUCCUGAGUGCAAACAUUAAGGGGAAAACCCCGCUAGGGAACGAAAUGAUGAAAUACGUUCGUCCUUUUAAAAUAGUACAUUUUGACUCGGAGUCAGUAGGAAUCGUUGGCUACACUACAAAGGAAACUACUUUUCUUUCACAGCCAGGGGAUGAUGUAAUCUUUGAAGACGAAAUUGAAGCAUUGCAAGAACAAGUGAAUGAACUUACUGCUAUGGGAGUGAACAAAAUAAUUGCACUAGGGCAUUCUGGUUUUACUGUCGACAAAAACAUUGCCCAAAAAGUGAAAGGAGUGGAUGUUGUAAUUGGAGGACAUACAAACACAUUUCUCUAUACAGGCACCCCACCCUCUACUGAACAGCCAGCUGGCCCAUAUCCCUUCAUGGUUGCCUCAGAUGAUGGGAGGAAGGUGCCAGUUGUACAAGCUUAUGCUUAUGGAAAAUAUCUCGGUUACUUAAAUGUUACAUUUGACAAGAAAGGAAAUGUAGUUGAAGCAGUUGGAAACCCCAUUCUGCUGGACCGCAGUGUUCCUGAAGAUAAGCACGUUAAAGAAGAAGUGGAAAAAUGGAGAAAAAACCUGGGGGAUUAUUCUAAAGAGAUUGGAAAAACUAGUGUUUACCUGAAUGGUACAAGCGAAGCGUGCCGUUUCCAAGAAUGUAACAUGGGAAAUUUGCUUUGCGAUGCUGUGCUUUAUGAGAACGUCAGACAUCCAGGUAGAAAGUCAUGGAACCAUGUUUCAAUGUGCAUCCUGAAUGGAGGUGGGAUACGGUCACCCAUCGAUGAACAGAGCGCGAAUGGUAGCAUUAGUGUGGCAGAUUUGCUGACUGUUUUGCCAUUUGGAGGUCGUUUUGAUUUGGUAACGGUAAAAGGCUCCACUCUGAAAGAAGCUUUUGAGCACAGUGUGCACAGAUACGGAAGUGGAAGCGGAGAGCUGCUGCAGGUUGGAGGCAUCCAUGUGGUGUACGAUCUCUCCAGGGCCCCAGGAAGCAGAGUCGUCAGCUUGGAAGUGCUUUGCACAGCCUGCCGAGUCCCAUCCUACGUCCCACUCCAGAUGGAUGAAAUAUACAAUGUGACUCUUCCGUCCUAUAUGCUGUAUGGAGGAGAUGGCUACCGUAUGCUGAAAGACGAAAAUCUGGGGUACAGUAAAGGUGAACCUGAUGUUGAGGUUGUUUCCCGUUACCUCCAGAGGAUGAAUAGAGUUUACCCAGCAGUUGAAGGUCGAAUAAAGUUUUCUUCCGGAAGUCUUAUCGAAGGCAGCCUUACUCUGAUCGCCCUGUCGUUCACUGCAACGUUCUUGCGUACUUGAUUUUGGUUCACUGCGUUGUCAUUCGGAGGAAGGCGAGAGGACAGAUGAUGCCGAUCAAGGGAGAAGAGACCUGUUCUUUUCUUUCACCUUAAAACGAACGUUUAGGUUUCUGCAUGUCGUCAGUGAACAGCACAAGCAAUUGUCUUUAAUCUGGUACAGCCAUUGAAGCACACUGCACAGAACGAGUAGGCACAAUUCAUCACACCUCUUACCAGCAGGUACCCGCAACUCAGUUUGAGGUUUCCACAAGCAAAGUUCCAGUGAAGGCUAAUGCCCCAUCACGAACCAACCACUUGCUGAACUGGGAUUUUUUUUUUUUUUUCUCCAAAUUCUUUUAGCUGCUUUAGAUUGUGAGUUGAUUAAGAAUCUGAUUCCAGUAAAUAAGCUUCUAGAAAUAGAUUUAUUAAAGGUAAAUAUACCUUCCUUUGAUCUAUAAUCGGGAUUAAAGCUUUCAUUCUAAUAAUUCUAUUUAUCAUACCUACACCAGUGCCUGAAAGAGCUGGAUUAAACUCGGCGCCCUUGAAAGCAUGAAGCCCAUUUACAUACAAUUAACAAGUUUUUCCAUUUUACUUUUGAAGUUGCAGCAUCUCACUGGUGUUUUCCAUUAGUAAAGGAUGCAAGGAAAGCUUGAUUUGAUUUUGAUCAAUUUUAACAAAUUGAAAAAAUAUAUACACUUACCUAUUUAAUAUGACCAGUUUGGGGACUGUGUCUAGAGUGAGAACACAAUCUGUGAUUAUGUUUCAUAGCAACAUGCCUAACGUCACACUUUUUUCCAAUGCGCAAAGCACAGGGCUCCCGACUCUGUGCUUUGCUCUUUAUCAGCAACGUUCAGAGGGAACGUUGGAUACACGCAUCGACUCCUGCUCCACUGUGGCAACCUUUGGCAGUUGCCCAGUAAUAGGGUUUUUACAGUGUAACCUGGCUUUAUCAUGAUUGUGAUCAUAACUCAAAAGCCCCGUCUUCUCUAAGGGAAGGCUGUGAUUAAAAAAUAUAUUUGUAAGAGAUAGGCUAAUGAGUAUAAAAUCAGAAAUUGCUUUAAAUGCUAAGUCAAUUUCCCAGACGUCAGCAGGAAGUGAUUGCUUAUGAUUAUUUUUCCAAGAUUGUUCACAUUUGGAAUUUUGACAUCAAACAUGUUUCCAUGUUUAUUGGUGGAUUCUCAGUGUUUUGAAUAAACCUGCUGUUUUUCUGGAA